AGGAGUGACAGUAGAGAGUCGACAGGACAGUCCACCAGACCACGAGCAGGAGAAUCAUCAGAGCUCGCAGAAACCCAGCACAAUGACUGAAAAGACGGAUCAUCCUCCAGCAUACCAGGCUGAUAUGGGGUAUCCUUCAGCACCGGGGGGAAUCCCCGCUCAGGGUGUUUACCCUCCGGCUCAGGGGUACAGUUCUGCACCAUAUGGAGCACAGCAGUACCCCGGCCAGGCCACCGUCACCGUCCAGCCCACCGUUUUCGUGACCCCUGGCACUCAGGUUAACCCCGUCCCUGAUUACCUGGGUUACUCCAUCUUCACCAUGCUGUGCUGCUGCUUACCUCUGGGCAUCGCCGCUCUCAUCUACUCCAUCAACACUCGAGACGCCAACAUGACCGGAAACAGAGAUCUGGCCAUGAGAAACUCUCACGUGUCCAGACUCCUGAACAACAUCGCCCUGGGGCUCGGCAUCGUCGCGUACGUCAUCAGCAUCAUCCUCAUCAUCGUCUCGGCUACGACCGUGUGGAAAAUGGCCAAUUAUAACUGAAACGUUUACCGAAACCCCACUAUACAUUACGAGAUCGUUUUAAUAUUUUUAUUGCGUAUUGAUUAAGUGUACAUGUUUGUGAGCAACUGCAGAAAUGUACGUAUAGAUAGUUCACGUGUAUGAUUUAAUGCUUUUCUACCAUUACACAGGCUAGAAGUCGCGUCCUGUUCGUGUAUCUGAAUGCAUAAUGACGCUAUGAUGUUUUAUAAUAAUUAUAUAAUUAACUGUUAUACAGAAACGCGUGUUUUGUUAAGCGCUUCCCAGUUAUUUUUACAUCACUGUUCCUAAUAAACUGGCAACUUGGUGUGUAUUCUUUGUUAGUGCUUAUUUAGUCCAUAGACUACAUUCAUGUUCGUUGAAAGAUGUAAAUGGAAUUGAAAUUAAAUAAAUAAAUAAAUAAAUAAAUAAAUAAA